UAUAGAUUAUAUAUAAAAAUAAUAAUAAAUUGAUUUGGAUACGAAUGGUUUUAAUCAUAGAAGUAAGCUUACGAAGAGCUCAGUCUAAUAGACUAAAUAGUGUUGUUAGAGCUUAUCGGGCUAUCAUAAUAGUUCAUUUUGUAGGAUAUGGUGUAGAUUAUUUGUGUAAAAAAAAGUAAAUAAUUUUAUAAUCGUAACUAAUAGAUUCAUUAUAUUAUUUGUUAAAAGAAUAGACAUGUAUGAAUAUACACUAUAGAUAUUCUGAAUUUAGUUUUUAUCUCUAUUUUUCUGUUUUUUAAAUACAAAUAAUUAGAUAUGUUGUGAUUUCUUUUGUUAUUUUCCUUCUUUUAGUUAAUGAAAACUUUUUUUUUUUUGGAUUGGUAGUUAAUGUAAACUUUGGAGUUAAUCAAUAAAAUAUUAUGGACGUGAUAAGCAAGAUGGAAGUUAUUUAAACCUCUGCAAUACCAACAUUAAAGAGUACUCACUCUGACUCUCACUCCAUUGUUUUACAGUGCACACCAUAACACAAAGACACACACAAAAGAAGAGAAGAGACAGACUGAUCUACAAGUAUGCAAAGCAAUGGCAAGUGACAAUAAGCCUCAUGCAGUUUGCAUACCAUACCCAGCUCAAAGCCACAUAAAAAGAAUGCUAAAACUAGUCAAGCUUCUCCACCACAGGGGCUUUUACAUCACCUUUGUCAACACAGAGUUCAACCAAAACCGCCUUACCAAAGCCAGAGGACCUGACUCUCUUAAUGGCUUCCCCAAUUUCCAAUUCAAAACAAUACCAGAUAGCCUCCCACCAUCCGAUCCUAACACCACCCAAGACACAAUUGCCCUAUCUGCUCUCUGUGGAUCCGUCAGAAGAAACUUCUUGACACCAUUUCGCAACCUCCUUGCCAAACUCAAUGACGACGAUAAUGCCACACCAGCUGUUACUUGUAUUGUCUCUGAUGGUGUAAUGCCAUUCACCAUUAAAGUAGCUGAUGAACUCCGAAUCCCCGUUGCUAUGUUCUGGACUUUUGCUGCUUGUGGCUUCAUGGGUUUUUAUCAGUAUCGUGCUCUAUUGGACAAAGGUCUUACACCACUCAAAGAUGCAAGCUAUCUAACAAACGGGUACUUGGACACUGUAAUAGACUGGAUUCCGGGAAUGAAAGAUAUUCGUCUAAAGGACCUUCCAACAUUUUUACAAACUGCUGACCCAAAUAAUGAAAUAUUUAACUUAUGCAUGGAAUCAGCAGAGAGUGCUUCUCAAGCUUCUGCAAUUGGUUUGCAUACUUUCGAUGCAUUGGAGCAAGAUCUUUUGGAUACUCUCUCAUCUAUGUUUCCCCAUGUUUACACCAUUGGUCCUUUGCAGUUACUUCUAAACCAGCAAGUAUCACCAGAAUUGGAGUCUCUCGGAUACAAUUUGUGGAAAGAAGAAGCAGAGUGUCUCCAAUGGCUUGAUUCUAAAGAACCUCGCUCUGUUGUUUAUGUCAAUUUUGGGAGUAUCGUAGUCAUCUCACUACAACACUUGAUAGAAUUUGCUUGGGGACUUGCCAAUAGCAACCAUCACUUCCUGUGGGUAAUUAGGCCUGAUCUGGUGAUUGGAGACUUGGCUAUUCUACCCCCGGAAUUCGAGGCAGACACUAAAGAAAAAGGUUUGAUAGCAGGGUGGUGCCCGCAAGAGGAAAUCCUGAACCACCCAUCAGUUGGGGCGUUCUUAACACACAGUGGAUGGAAUUCAACUAUCGAGAGCUUGACAGCGGGGGUGCCAAUGAUGUGUUGGCCAUUUUUCGGGGAUCAGGUGACAAACUGUAAGUACAUUUGCAAUGAAUGGGAGGUUGGCAUGGAGAUUGAUAAUAAUGUGAAGAGAGAUGAAGUAGAGAAGCUUGUCAGAGAGUUCAUGGAAGGAGAGAACGGGAAGAAAAUGAAGAACAAGGCUUUGGAGUGGAAGAAUUUAGCAGAAAAGGCCACUGGACCAGAUGGGUCAUCCACUUUUAAUUUGGACAAACUGGUGAACGUAUUGCUAUCGAGAAACUAAAGAUUUUCUAGAUAUGAUUGUUUUUGGUAUUUGGGUUUGAGUUUGGAGAAUAAUUUUAUGCAAUAGGUUUCAUUAUGAUAAAUUAGUUGUGCGUGAGAUGUCCAGAUGUACCAAGAUCAAGAUUGGUCCAAGUGAAAAAAAAAAUUGAAAGUAUUAACUGAAUAAUUUGUUUA